AUGGAUGGGGAAGCUCCAAAGGCCAUUAUCACAGAUCAAGAUAGAGCUAUGAAGAAUGCAAUUGCUCUCGUCUUUCCCAAUACACGACAUAGAUAUUGUUUGUGGCAUAUUCUAAAAAAAGUACCUGAGAAACUUGGUUCACAUCAUGCAUACAAAACUGGGUUGAAAACUAGUUUGCUGAAGUGUGUGUAUGACUCUCAAACCAUAGGCGAGUUUGAAAAUAGUUGGGAUGUGUUAAUUACCACGUACAAUUUGCAAGAAAAUGCUUGGUUGCAUAGUUUAUAUGAUGAGCGUUCGUUUUGGGUACCAGUAUUCUUGAAAGAAAUCUUCUGGGCUGGGAUGAGUACAACCCAACGAAACGAGAGCAUGAAUGCUUUAUUCGAUGGCUACAUACAUUCAAGGACAUACUUAAAAGAGUUUGUCGAUCAAUUUAAUAAUGCAUUGCGAAAGAAGAUUGAAAAUGAAAAUGGGGUGGACUUCCAUUCAUUCAACGUCAUAAUUCCCGUCGUCUCGAUCUCUCCACUUGAAAAGAUAUUUCAGAACAUAUACACUAAUGCUAAAUUUAGAGAAGUUCAAAAAGAGAUAAUCGAGAUGCUUGGUGUUCUUCCAACUCUACAUCGAAAAGAUGGUGUAGUCGCAACAUACCAUGUAGAAGAUGAAGUUGUUGUUGAUAAUUUCAUCAAAGAGGUGACCCAAAUGGUGUACUUCAAUGAGGCUGAAUGUGAUCCGCAUGGAGGAGAAACAUGCAGAAAUUUAUUUGGACAUGUAGAUAUUGGGACUGAAGAGAGUGUUCACAUUCAGCAAUCACAAAAUACUACAGAGGUGUUGGAAUAUGGUGGAACCCAGUUUGGUUUUGCAAUGAGUAUAUAUUGGGGUAGAUGGAAUCCAGCUGGAACUGUUGUCUGGGACACAGCUAUGGUUAUAAGGGCUGCUAUAGUUGGUGAAAAGUGGGUUGCCGAAUAUUUUGUUGUAGUGUUGGAGUUGGUGAAGAAUUUUCCUUCUGAAUUUAUCAACUUCCCCAUCUUUAUUUGGUCAACCAAGGAUAUUGAUGUAGAGGUUCCAGUUGAUGAAGAUGAAUCGGGCCUUGAAUAG